GUAAAAACACAGUGCCAUGGUUACCUGAGCAGCCAGCAGCUUGCUCGACAACUAGAGCAGCACAAGAGGAGCUCAGUCAGUUACAGAGAUGGCUGGAUGUGGCUGGAUUAACAUCUGGGAGUAUGCUAAAGCUGUUCGCUCUUCCAGUUUGUGGUAACAGAUAACAGGUAGUCACACUUCAACUGCAACUGAACGCCUCAAAGUCCUGUCAUGAAUUUUUCAGUGUGACGUUUUCUUCUGCUGCACAUCUUAAAGGACGACAACCCACAUCUCAGGACGGGACAGCGUCAACAUGCUGGAGAGUGUCUUUGCUCAGGGGGGACAACGUCAGGGGAUGGUGGAUGGAUGGAAACUGGCGGACAGCAGGAGGAUGUGUAGUCGGUCGCGGCGUCACAUUUUCAUCUUCAUCCUGGUGCUGGCUGCAGUUUUGUUUCUCUACACAAACAGAGAGGAGAUGGAGCCGGACUGGAACCCCAGCCAGUGGUGGAAUCCAUUCAAAAGUCAGCAACAACACGUCUUCUCUGCCAACACGACUGGUUCCAGCAACAUAACAGGUGGAUCUGGACCAACUGAGACCAGCUCGAGUGCAUUCCCUCAAACUGGGAAUAUGUCAUUGUCUCAGGUGACAGAUGUGAUGACAACGACUCCACAGCCGAGCACAACGACCACCACAUCUCAGCCCAACACAUCGACCUCGACUCCACAGCCUACAAAAGCUUCUGUGGUGACUCAGCUGAUGACACCAAAUGAGACCGAGCCACCAACACCGGUUCCUUAUGUAUCUCCAGGCCCGUACGUCGUGGAAUACCCGUAUGAGUACCACUUCAUUAUAAACGAGCCCAAGAAAUGCGAGCAGCAGAAGCCUUUCCUGGUUCUGAUGGUUCCUCUGGCGCCCAGCAACAGGGCUCAUCGCAACAUCAUCCGCAGCACCUGGGGAAGUGAAAGUCUGGUACUGGGCAAAAUGGUGCAGCUGUUCUUCUUGCUGGGGCUGCACAGCGGUGAGGGAGCGCCACAGCUCCACGAGCAGCUGCUGCAGGAGAGCAGAGAGCAUCAGGACCUGCUCCAGAGCAACUUCCUGGACUGCUACAAGAACCUGACCAUCAAGACCAUGGUGAUGAUGGAGUGGCUGGACUCGUACUGCUCCAGCGCCUCUUACGCCAUGAAGAUUGAUUCGGACAUGUUUCUGAACGUGCACAAUCUCAUCAACAUGUUGUUGAACGCUCCAAAGUCAAACUACAUGACAGGACUCGUGGCGAGAGGAGCUAUGGUCCUGAGAGAUCCGAAGUCUAAGUGGUUCCUCCCUGUGGAGCUUUACCCUCAGCCACAGUACCCUCGUUACGCUUUGGGUCUGGGCUACGUUUUGUCUCUUGACCUCCCUAAAAAGCUCGUGGAGGCGUCCAGACACAUUAAAGCUUUCUACAUUGAAGACGUGUAUCUGGGGUUGUGUAUGCAGCACCUGGGCAUCCCUCCCACCGACCCUCCAAACUGGGGGUAUUUUCAGGUGUUUCCUGUGAUGUACAGUCGCUGUGCUUACUCCAGACUGAUAGCCACAACUGUAAAUGGAAACAGGGACCGCGUGGCUGACUGGAAGGACUUUAAAAAGCCGGGUCCAUACUGCUGAUCUAUAAAUAACAGGGCAGCUAAAGAAGGACUUAGGAGCUGUACACAUGCUGCGUCUUUAACCGCCUGGAGAACACAAGGUCAGGCGUUGGGUACUCUUUUCUGUGCCGACGAUGGCAGGUUGCGUCUGAGGUUACUAAGCAACCUCAAAAAGCACCGUAUCGUAGCCUAUUUAUCUGAAAUCCUGAGUG